GUUUACAAAUCGUCGGUUUUAAAUUUGAUAUUAGAAUGUUGACGUUCUAUAUACAUAAGCAGGUAACAAAAAAGCUGCGAUAUUGCCUUUGUGACUUUAAACACAAGAGUACCCACGGGGAAAGAUUUCUGCAUAGGUACGGUGUGCUUGCCGCAGAAAACAACAAUUUUAUCUGACCAGAAUUGCAAAAUGGCAUCAUGGGGAUUAAAUGACAAGUUUGAAGAACCCACUAUGCUCCAAGAGGCGGACGUGAGCUUGAUGUCUCCUGAAGCAUGUAAACAAAUUAUUCACAUACUGGGUAAACAUGGAAUAGAAAUCCAGGCCCCCUCUGAUGGUGGAAUUUGUACAAAUCCGACAGCUGGUACAAGUUCAGCUUGUUUGUUUGACGAAGGUGGUAUGCUAAUGUGCCAGGACACGGGAGAUAAAUCUGGCAAGAGCUGGAUGCUGGCGGGAGUUGUCUAUGGACAUCCUUGCGAUAAAGAUGCGCCCAGUAUAUUUGUGAACAUCAUGAAUAAUCUCGACGAAAUUAAAAAACAUUUGUAAUAAAAUUAUCAAUACCAAAGGAAUAAGAAAAAGUAAAAUAAUAAUAAAUAAAAUAUAAUGCAGAGAAAAUAAA